AUGGAAACUGACACCGAAUUUUGGGAGGACCGUAACCCUUAUUUAUUACUGAUCCUGUACAGAAUCAAUGGCGUUGUUUCUACAAUAUCAUGCUUCAUCGGCAUCUACCUCGUUCUAUUCAAAUCUCCCAGUCGGUUUGGAUUCUAUCGGUACUUCUUGCUCAACAUUGUCGUAAGUGUCAGUCAUGUGUAUACGAAUGCAGUGAAACCUCUUUAAAAACAAACCUUAGGCGUCCAGAAAUUUGUUGAUUUAUACAGGGUGACCCAAAAUAACGGAGACAAAAGAUUUCCCGUUUUUUCUGCGACUUAUUAAGAUUCAUGAGUGACUCCUUAUUUAUAUUACAGUACCACGUUAGGGUAGUUUUAUUUACAGAUAGUUUUGUUGUACGACGCUCUUCUGCCUUGAACGACAUAAAUAUAUCCGGUUGACUCGGACCCUUCUGCCCGUGGGGUCUUUUUACAAGAAAGCUGUCUUACUCAAAAAAGAAAACUCGGAAUAGUUUGAGAUGUGCAGUGAUUAAUUAUCGUAAUAAGACCUUUAAAAUGAGCUAUCAUACUAAGCUUAACUAUCGAUGGUUCAAAAGUUACAGCCGAGUAUUUUCAGGCAGUUGAAGUGCAAAAAUCGGCCUUUUUUGAAAAUGUAAGCGCAACAAGGAGUUUAAAUGUUAAAUAAGGCAAAAUGUAAUAUGAGUUACUAGAACAUGAUUAAAGGAACACCACAAAAGCAAAAGAGAAAGAUUUUGCAACCGAUACGGAAUGCUAUUUGGUAAUCACUAGAAUUCUGCCUUAUUUUUGCCUUAGGCGGAAUACCGGUCGAGUCGGUGACACAUAAAGACCGAAAGUGCCCUAGGCUGAUUCUCAAGAGUCGUAUUCAUAAGUGUACAGGAGCAUAAUGCGCCAUUUUUAUCUAUCAUGUCAUUCUGUUAUCGAUAACCCAUCUUUCUCAAAGCCGCGUGCCACGGGGAAGUUCUGGGCAAUAAACUUGUUAAGGAAAAGCUGUUGCAACCAGCAAGCAAUCACAGAUUUUUUCAGAAUCAUUGUAUUUAUGAAUAGAACACGUACUAGCGGUUUUAGCUUUAUUCGAAAAAAACUGAAUUUUUUAUGGAAAAAAUUUGGGAAAAAUGGCGAUCUUCAAUGUUGAGAUCGGUAUCACCGUAGAAAUAAAAACCGUAGUCCAAAAGCCUACGUAACUGCUUUCUUAGGGACUUAGUAGUCUAACAAAACAAAAGAUCUUGCCAUUUCUGCGGCUGUAGUAAUGCCAGGCUUUACACAACACAAGGGAACCAAACUUGAGGGCCAAAAAAACGGCGCAAGGCAUAUUUGUUAAGCUGUAACUUUUUACUGCAGCAUGAUGAUUCCACCAAACUUUCGUGGAUUAUAGAGAAGGUGUUAUAGAAUAUUUCCCGCUGUCGCUUAUGUUUCUCUAACGCCCGGUUUUCGCGGUGGGACCUUCAAAAAUUUGUCUCCGUUAUUUUGGGUCACCCUGUAGACGAGUCUACUUUUUUUUACAUACGGUUCUCAUCUUACAUCUUCCUUGUUAGCAUAAAAUUGAUUCUGAACGUUCGGCAGAACUCUACCCCUUUUCUGAACUUUACCCCAAUCUGAACUUUACCCCUUUUUCAACUCUACCCCAAAAAAGGCUGAACUCUACCCCUUUUUUGAUUUUCGCCAAAAAAUCUGAACUCUACCCCUUUUUGAACACUACCCCAUUUUGAAAAUUGAAAAAAUAAGGUGUGACAUCUUAUACGAUGAAAAAUUUUUUCAAAUUGAGAAAAAUCAGGUGUGACAUCUUAUACGAUGAAAUUUGUUUUUCAAACUGAAAAUAAUAAGGUGUGGCAUCUUAUACGAUGAAAAUUUUUUUCAAAUUGAGAAAAAUCAGGUGUGACAUCUUAUACGAUGUAAAAUUUUUUCAAAUCGAAAAAACUAGGUGUGACAUCUUAUACGAUGAAAAUUUUUUUCAAACUGAAAAUAAUAAGGUGUGACAUCUUAUACGAUGAAAAUUUUUUCCAAAUCGAGAAAAAUCAGGUGUGACAUCUUAUACGAUGAAAAUUUUUUUCAAAUCGAAAAAACUAGGUGUGACAUCUUAUACGAUGAAAAAUUUUUUCAAAUUGAGAAAAAUCAGGUGUGACAUCUUAUACGAUGAAAUUUGUUUUUCAAAUUGAAAAUAAUAAGGUGUGGCAUCUUAUACGAUGAAAAAUUUUUUCAAAUUGAGAAAAAUCAGGUGUGACAUCUUAUACGAUGUAAAAUUUUUUCAAAUCGAAAAAACUAGGUGUGACAUCUUAUACGAUGAAAAUUUUUUUCAAACUGAAAAUAAUAAGGUGUGACAUCUUAUACGAUGAAAAUUUUUUCCAAAUCGAGAAAAAUCAGGUGUGACAUCUUAUACGAUGAAAAUUUUUUUCAAAUCGAAAAAACUAGGUGUGACAUCUUAUACGAUGAAAUUUUUUUUUCAAAUUGAGAAAAAUCAGGUGUGACAUCUUAUACGAUGAAAAAAUAUUUUCAAUUUGAAAAAUUUUUUCAUCGUAUAAGGUGUCACACCUUAUUCUUUUCAAUUUGAAAAAAAUUUUCAUCGUAUAAGGUGUCACACCUUAUUAUUUUCAAUUUGAAAAAAAAUUUUCAUCGUAUAAGGUGUCACAUCUUAUUAUUUUCAAUUUGAAAAAAAAUUUCAUCGUAUAAGAUGUCACACCUCAUUUUUUCAAUUUUCAAAAUGAGAGGUAGUGUUCAAAAAGGGGUAAAGUUCAGAAAAGGGGUAGAGUUCAGGUUCAACCGAUUCUGAACACCACUAGAAUUGUAUGUUGUCGGGAGGUUUCGUUAUAUGAGAGUUCGUUGUUUAGGGCUCUCUCUCUCUCUACAGGGCACUAUCUCUCUACAGGGAUGGUCCUCUAUAGCAAGCUGUAAAUUUUGGCCCUACUACACCUCAACCAAUUCGUAUAUACAUUUAUUUCAGAUAAUGAGCUACCUCUUCGACAUCUAUACCUCUGCGCUUUACUCUCCGCUAGUCCUUUUCCCAGUACUGUUUACAUGCACUUUGGGGCCGCUGAAGUAUCUGGGCGAUACGAUUGGAGGAGUCAUAGCCUAUGUAAGUGACUUUCUCUAUUUUUUGUUCAACUCAAAGCUCUAGGAUUUGUUUAUUCUCCUCUACAGCUCGGUUAAUUUGUCGAUUAUCAUGGCGAUUGCUUAUCGGUACACCUGCCUUCACAACCAUACCAGAAAACUGACCAGCAAAAGAGGGAUCACUACAAUUGCAGUUGUCCAAUUUAGUCUGGGCUUGCCGAUUGUGGUGAUGCGGCAUAUGGCGAUAGGAAAUAGAGAUGAAAACAAUAGCGCUGUUAUCAGAGUAAGUUGAACUAAUACUUUUAUCCAUAGCGACUUGUAACACAGUUAUGGUAAAUCCUUUGUACAACAAAAUAUAUAAAUAUAUUUCUUUUAGCACCACCCAACGAUUGCCCGUGUUCUCCUUUCAAAUCGAUGUACUGGAGUUUCGUUGGAGUACAACAACACAAUGACUUGGGCCUUUUUAACUGCCACUUUUGCUAGUUUUGCAUUCGCCAUUCCGUUCGCAAUAGCGCUGAUUUCCAAGUGCUACAAAGACUUGGAGAUUAUGCAAAGCAAAAUGUCCUUUCAAACGAGAAGACUGCAUUUGCAGCUGUUGAGAGCGCUUUGUUAUCAGGUAAGCUUUGUGGCGUUGUGUAUUAGAAGCUCUCUGCAACAAAUUUCUUACAACGAAACCUGUUUAUAGUAAGCAGUUUCAUUGGUCGUAGGGACAAACGAAAUAUUUGUACAACAAAUUGUACGACUUUUUAAAGUCCUAUGGGAUUCCUUGUACUUGACUACAGUGGCUGACCUGACCCAAUGGCGAAAAACCUAUCAUUUUGCAUCCGGAAAGUAUCAAAAAAUGUAGCAAAAUGCCUCCCUGUCCAACUAAAAAACGUCCCCUUUGAAGGGUUCCGUCACAAAAAAGAGCGGGCGCGCUUUUGAAAUCCGAGUUUUUUUUCACUUGGAAAGGGAGGCAUUUUGCCACAUUUUUUGAUACUUCCCGGAUGCAAAAUGGCACGUUUUUUGCCACUGGAUCAGGUCCUCCACUCUGUGAUGUUUAUGAGUUGUAAGCAGUCUUCUGACCCGACUUCAGCUAUGUUUUUUUUUAGUUCGUCGUACCUCUGACCACCCUCAUCCUGCCAUUCAUGAUGCUCUCAGUUCUGUCGGCGUUGAGCACUUUCAGUGUUGGACGUAAGUUCACGUCCAUAAACAACACAUUUUCAUUUUUCUCCAGGAUAUACCUCAUACAUUGUUCUGCUCGGAACAACUCAUUCGCUUGCCAAUACGUUAAUGAUGGCUCUGACAAUUCGACCAUUUACUCGGUACUUCCUACAAAAAUUCGGGAAGAAAAUGCACUCGACGGAGAUGUAUUCGGUGUCCAAGACCAACAACGAAAACUCGAAGCCUUUUACGAGCAAGGCGGCAACUUAG